GAAAUUGAGGACCUCAUGUUGUCCCAUAAAGAGCGGCGGCUGCUAAGGCAUCAGUUUACGGUGGAGGAGCUUCAAGACGAAAUGAGGCGAAGCAGGGAGGCUGAAUUGGUCAGGUACCGUUCCCAAUGUGGGCUCCUUGACAUCGACGGCAUGGACUCUACAACGUUCAAACUCAUGUUCCGGUUCCAGAAACAUCACUUCAACGACCUCUGUAGUGCUCUGCUGGUGCCGCGGGAGAUCACCACAGCACAAAACGUGAGGUUGUGUGGCCGAGAGGCUCUGUGCGUGUUGCUGCGGAGGCUGGCGUAUCCCAACAGGUGGUGUGACUUAGAGGGGAUUUUCGGGCGUCACUCAUCAGUCAUGUCAAGUGCUACUUCGCGUCUCAUGGACCACAUCCUGAGCACCUUCGGACAUCUGCUGACAGACGUGAACAACCACGAAUGGAUAUCGCCUGCCUCACUGAAGGAAUUCGCCGGCGCUGUUGAAGACAAGGGUUCUCCCCUGCCCAAUUGCUGGGCCUUCAUCGACGGCACUGCCCGUCCAAUUUGCCGUCCAAAAAGGAACCAGAAGCUUUACUAUUCCGGCCACAAGAGAAUGCACAUGGUGAAAUACCAGUCGCUUAUGUGCCCCAAUGGCAUUGUGUGCCAGCUUGAUGGGCACUACCCAGGGAGCUGGCAUGAUGCAAGUGAGUUUUUCCGUUCACCCACAACACACACUUCACUGUCGAAGCAACUGUUACUGUACGAUAAGAGGAAGUGCAGCGGUAUUCUACCACCUCUUUGUUACGGAAUAUUCCGAGAAAGCGGAGUCUAUGCAAAGUUGGAGAGGCUCACCGGAAAUGAGGACUUCGUGGUGUACGGGGACCCUGCGUACCCACUUCGCCCACUUCUAAUGAAGCCAUAUGGUGGCUCACAUCUGUCGCCUGCUCAGCAGGCGUUCAACUGCGGCAUGAGUGCUGUCCGUGAGGCCGUAGAGUGGGGAUUUGAGUGA